AUGGCUGAAGCAAAGCAGGCGCUAGAGCACGACUAUGAGCAGAAGAUGGACCACUUGGCCAUGCUAAAUGAGUGCCUGGCGAGUCAGCCCGACGCCACCUACCCCGAGCUCCAGCGCGUCCUCUUUUUCCACGCCCACUGCUAUUUCGACCACUCGAGCGAAGCCAACGUCGAACUUACCCGAGCCUUCAGGGAGAACGUGAUCGAGGCGCACAAGGACACGAGAGAGGUGGAGGUGCACACGCUGUACCCGCGGGCCGUGGGUCCGCACCCGACCGGCAACUUUGAGGUCCUCUUCACCCGCCGCGCCUUCGCCUCCUUCAUGCCCGACCACACGGUGCGUGCGCUGUGGAUCGGCGAGCGCCUGGCGCUCAAGACCGAAGUCCUCGAGCGCGCCGACAGCGCCACGCUCGCCCUGGGCCAGUCCGAGGUCGAAGCCAUUCUCUCCAUCGCCGCCCACUGA